GUUAUCAUUCUCAGUUGAAAAGUGGUUCAGCAAACUAGUAUCACUCUGACAAAUCAACAGCUCGCAAACAUCGAUUUUUUUUUCGAAUCAAUCGACAAACGAAAAAAAAACCAAACAACAACGUAUCGAAAUAAAUUUAAACGAAGAAAAAAAAACGUUAGUGAAUCCAUUUCAAAUAGUCAAUUUGUGGUUUAGUGCAAUUUUUCUUCAGUUUUCAAUUGUUUUUAAAUAGUUUUUAUUACAUUCUUUAAAAAAAUGGCAUUUAAGUUCAUCAUCCUUGCAUCAGCUGCUUUGUGCUGUACCGCAUUUGCUUAUCCAGUAUUCGAGGACUACCAAUAUGCAGGACACGAUCUCAGUUCACAUGAUGGCGGUGACAACUUCGAAAACGGCAGUUAUCAACCAGUUGCAUCUUCAAGAAUAGGCGUACAUGAAUUGGGAGGCCAUGAAGAUGAACACGUCGAUUACUAUGCACCGCCUAAAUACGCCUUCAAAUACGGCGUCAACGACUACCAUACUGGCGACGUGAAAUCACAACAUGAAACACGUGACGGCGAUGUUGUCAAAGGACAAUAUUCCUUGGUUGAGCCUGAUGGUUCUAUUAGAACUGUGGACUACACAGCUGAUAAAUUGAAUGGUUUCAAUGCGAUCGUACACAAAACCGCUCCAGUCCACACUGGCCAUGACCACUACUAAACACAUACACCAUUUGCGAUUAGGCGCUCAUUUAGCAUCAUCUAAAGAAUUUGUUGUUUUUUUUUUAAAGAAAAGCAUCCCAAUUUCAUCUGUACGCUUUUUGAAUAAUGAUAAAUACCGUUUUUGCCGCAAAAUGAUGAUUUUAAUUGAUUAACUGGUUCGAAUGGGAAAUGAUACAGAACGAUGGAUGGCAUUAUCAAUUUUAUGUAGUUUUUCUUUCAGUUUUUUUUGUUCAUUAUGAAAAUUCUUUUUCUUUUUUUCUCGUUGGGUUUUGAGUACUUCCAAAUCGGAACGGAACUCAAAUACCUUUUCGCCUCGAAUCAUAUGAGAUCAUAUAUAUAUUUAUUCGAUCACGCGUAAAUUGAAUUUAGAAAAAUUUAAUUAAAUAAAUGAUGUACCAAAUAAGUGAAUAUGUGCGUUCGUAAGCUGAUUCGUAUAGGAAUUAUUUGUUCUCAAUAAAAAAAAUCGAUAAACUAAUGAAAA